ACGUCUGAUUUUGUACUCAUGUAUAAGGGCCCUACACCACGUCCGAAUGCUAGCAGUCUUCUUGCUCUUUUCAAGGUCGACCGCGCCACACCAACAGCACUUUGAUGACGUACGCCACUAACAACUCUCGUUGAAAAAGAAGACCUAUCUGAACGACAAUUCCGCUCUCCUUUCACCGUGCCGAACAGAUUGUGCGGACUCGCGGUGGUGUCGAAGAGCUUGUAUUCAGUGUCAACUUCCCAUCGCCGGCCCCGGAACCCCGCGUACCUUGCCAACACUGCUACAUGACCUUCGUGAAUCUGCAAGGCCUCGGUAUCCACGUGAAUACAUGCGCAGGUGCAAACAUGUUACACGGCGUGCGGCUGCAGCGAAUGUUGGGAAAUAACACGAAAGGGGAUGUCCUGCCCUGGGAACGCGCCGGGCCUGGGCGUUGUUGGCACGUGAAGAUCGAUGGAACCACGGGGGCGGCUUCGUUCGUCCUCCAGCGGAAGCACCUCCCCCACAUCAACUUGGAAAGCCACGGCUUCACCGCCGUCAAAUCCAAGGAGACUCGUGGCGCUGCUAAGCGCACGCGGUACGACUCUAGGUUCAAAGCCCAUGUGGUCAACCAACUGCGAAUCCUCCAGGAAGACCCCAAAGCCCUAUUCGAGGACGAACAUCUCGCCCCCCAGCAGUACCUGGAAACGUACAUGAAAAUCGACCACAGCCUUAUCAGGAAGUAG